AUGAACACCAACGUGUGCGUGGAGAGCGGCCCUAACCCCGAGGCGCCGGGGCUGCCCAAGGACAGCCACCUGCCCGAGGGGGCCCUCAACAGCCUUGUGGAUUACAACUCGGAGAUGGAGAGGUACCGCUCCUUCGCCACCUUCUACAAGACCAACGGCGGCGCCUUCCCCCAAGCGGCCAAAAUCGCCCGCAUCACCACCCCCAUCUUCCCCAGCGCGGCCGCCGCCGCCGCCGCCCGCAUCGGCAUGUCCCCCUGGAACUGCGACACCGCCACGGCCGCCGCCGCCACCGCCAUGCUCUGGGGCAGCGGCGGCGGCGGCGGCGCGGCGGGCGGCGCGAGGAAACCCUCCUCCUCCUCCUCCUCCGCCGCCGCCGCCGCCGCCUCCGCGGCCGCCGCCGCCGCCUCCUCGCUGCACGCCGGCAGGGGCGGCAUGCACCACCGGAGCGACUCGCAGCGGCUGGGCAAGCCCGGCUGCCCGCCGGCCGAGCAGCCCGCCCUGCCCAUGGCCAACGGCAACUUCCUCUCCACCCUCGCCCCCGAGCACUGCCGGCCGCUGGCCGGCGAGUGCAUGAACAAGCUCAAGUGCGGCGCCGCCGAAGCCGAGAUCAUGAACCUCCCCGACCGCGUCGGCACCUUCUCGGCCAUCCCGGCGCUGGGCGGCCUCUCCCUUCCCCCCGGGGUCAUCGUCAUGACGGCCCUGCACUCCCCCGCCGCGGCCUCGGCCGCCGUCACAGACAGCGCCUUCCAGAUCGCCAACCUGGCGGACUGCCCGCAGAGCCACGCCUCGGCCUCGCCCGCCUCCGCGGCCGGGGCCGGGGCGGGCAACCCCGCCAAGAAGAAGCGGAAACGCUGCGGGGUGUGCGUGCCCUGCAAGCGGCUCAUCAACUGUGGAGUCUGCAGCAGUUGCAGGAACCGCAAAACGGGACACCAGAUCUGCAAAUUUAGGAAAUGUGAAGAGCUUAAGAAAAAACCGGGCACUUCGUUAGAGCUGUAUGGAAGAAAUGUCUACUCCAUGGAAAGGCAGCACACAGAGGGAUAUAGCUGACAUGCCAUAAAAAAUAAGGAGGAUUCUUUACUUAGGGAUACUUACUAUCAGUCGAUCAUCACUUUUUAUCGCUUGGCUUUGUCAUACCACUCUCGAGUGAGAAGGCCAUGCCACCAAAGUAAGUGAAUGCUGUUGUGCCAUGUAUUUGAUAGAUUUGUAAUUUUAUACAAGACAGGCCUACCAGUAGUUUCACAAAAACGAUGCUGGGCAUGCAAAUAACUAAUUAAUGUUGCACAGCACAUGUAAAUCUCCUACUGUUUCAGCACUUUCUUCAGGGUUUUGCUAAGUACUUCAGCCUUUGGCCCCGGUCACACUUACUUGAUGAAGCACAAGGUUGGGAAUGCUCCAGUGAGGGACCUGUGCAGGUGGGGAAGACACCAGCUUUGGCAAGUGAGGGCUGGCAGGUGUCAGGAACAGCCCAGAAAGUGAAGACGAGGGGAUGGAGGCAGAGAAACCUCCUGAAGGCACAUGUGUGUCAGCAGGACUGGGCAGAGCAUGGGUGACCCAGGGUAACUGGAGGGCACAGUUGGGCUGAGCUUACACCUGCAUCCUCAGCUUAGGGUCAGUGCAUGUGCCAGUGUCCUUGCGUUGUACAACGUCACAUACAUGGCUUCAGAGGUGGAAUGUCACGCUUAAAAUGCUUCUAUCAUGGUGCCCCUCUUACAGUUUGUGAGAUCCUCAGUUGUAUACUCAUCCAAUGCCUAUUCAAUGAGCUUUGUGUCUGUUUGUAGGGCAGCUGUGUAUGGAUUUUUUUGUGUUGGAGACUUUUUGGUUAGGGGCCUCUGUUACUGAUCGUUAGACCAAUAUGAGCUCUGCAAGGUCUUCUCUACCAAAGUGCUGACUGACUUACAAACUGAAGCCUUAUUUGCACAUCUGGCUGGUAAGCUUGCCUUGCUCUUUGGAAAACUCUCAUUGCUCUUACAGAAGCAGAGGCAAAGUUAAGUUCAGGAUACGUUAGGUAUACAAAGAUACUCAUAGCAAUGUCUAAUACCCUAAUGUUGCAUGUCUUGUUGUGGUUCCUUUUUUUUGUUUUGUUGUUUUGUUUUAAAGAACUGCUGGAUCUGUAUAUUGUAAUUUUGGUGUUUUACAUGUCAAUCCAAAAUUGUUAAACACACAAACAAGCAUACCUUGAAAAUGAACCAGAGGUGAUUUUUCUUUGAUUUACCCUUAUGGUUUUCAUUUCAGAUGUUGUUCCUUUGUACCAUCAGGUUUUUAGAUUCUGCUGAAACAGUAUUUAAUAUGAUGUAGUGUGCAUAGAGCAUUUUAAUUAGUGAUGUUUGAAGAAGGAAAUCCAUUUUCUGGCCUGUCUCUCCCCACCCCUCCCCAUUUAUAUACAUAUUUGUCAAUCGGAUUAUUGUCAAGUUCUAAUUACCAAAUUUGUGCUUUUCACAAGGUCCAAUACUGUUUUCCAAUGUGAAAAUUUGUAUUCUUCUCCGUUCUUCAUUCUCACAGUGAAAAGUAAAAAAAAAAAAAAAGGGUGUGGGCAAAAAAAAAAGCAGAACUCUGUCUUCUAGGUGUGAGUGAGUGCUAAGCCUAGUGGAAGCAUUUUUGGCAUACCCCAGAUAAACUUAUGAAAAAUGGUAAGCUUGAAAGGGAGGCACACGUACCCAUUCUGUCAAUUAAUAACAGACCCUCCCUAUGAGGGAAAAUACUCCCUUUUGUACAGACCCCCUGGUAUGUAAGUCCUACAAUUAAUGUUGAAGAAUGUAAAGUCUUUAAACCGGCUAUAUCUGUAAUCAAAUAAUGAAGAAAGAAAGUAGUUAAAUGAACAUACCAUUCAGGGUCGAAUGCAUUCAGCAAAAAGCAGUAGUGGGUCUUUGAUCAUGGUUAGAUGCAUAGUGAUAUCAAACAGUGGGUUCUCAUGUAACAGCUAAAUGUUUCAGAUUUUGUUUUUAUUAAAUUUGGCAGUUUCACGCUGAGCUCUACUGUAUUCUUAGUGAACAAAAGACAGCUCCUAUGUUAGAAAGUACUCCAUUUUCACAAUUGCAGGGAACUAGGAGGGUAUUUUCAGAAACAUGGGCCACAGAAAUGUACUCCUUUCACAGUGUUCUCCUAUUUCUGAACUGUGCAGUUAUCUAUUAAAUUUUCUAAUAGAUAUUUGUGUAAGGUGUAUGUAUGCUUGUGCAAUUAUGGAAAAAAAACAGUUUUGGAAAACAGUGUAUUUAUGAAAAAAUAAUCACUUAUGGGGCAUGUACAAAACUGUAUAAAAACAUUCAAUUUGCCCAGUAAAGUUGUUUUUUGUGAUAUUUCUGUGUUGUUGAAUAAAGGACUUUAGUAUUCAAAAUAUCUCUCUUUUUCCAUAAACAGGUCCUGUUUGUGGGAUCUUAAACAAAGAAAACCUCUUUUACAAAAGAACCCUCAAAAUGAGCGAGAAGGUCCAAAUGCUGACCUCAGUCUUGCGUGUGGGAAUGAAUGCUUAUGAAGUGAUGGUACAAUAGCCACAGAGCUUAUUCCUUCUCAAUUGGCAAUUGAUGGAAACCCCAUAAGUUGUGUAACUGAAGGUAACAUCGUACUCUGGAUUUUUUAAAAUAGCAGAAAAAAAUACUGCCUUUUCUUCGACUAGGAAUGUUACUUUGAGAUUUUGAGGCUAUGAAAGGUUAGUGAAGUAAGAGCAAGACUGAUUACAGAAAGCCUUAAACCCAUUAGUGCAGACCUGUGUUGUAUAUGAAGAGUGGACUAGUGAGGGUGGUGUGAUAAAUUAGCAGUUAGCUUUGUAUGGAGAAGCCUGCAAAGGUGAAAUCUCAUCUGUAGCUCUUGCAACAAACAGUAGUCCUGAGGGUAGAUCAGCCCAUUGCUGUUGAAGUACUUGGAAUUACAAAUAUGGCUUGUGAGAGAAUGACAACAUUAUCUUCCUUUCUGUUUUACUGCUUCUCAGUUCAAAGUUCAGCUCUCUACCUGUCUCAAAACUCAAAUACAUAGCUAAGGAAAUGUUUUGCUCUUGACAUUUUGUUUCCCCAUACUACUUGCCAGCAUUGAAGCAACUUCAGAUAGGUGGGAAGGUUUGUGACAGGCACAUCAUCUGAUUUUGGUGAAAUUUGGAACGUCAUCUUUCUGCGAAUAUUCCUUUAAUCAACAGAAAGUCGGCUCUUAGGUGCCAAAACAGAAUUUUGAACGAGUUUGAAAAACGAGGUAGGUCCUUUAGUCUGUGAGAUGCUUUCAAUGCCAGCUGAUUUUCCAGGGGGAGCCUUGGUGUAUCCUUUUGUUUUUUCAAGAAAGCAACAAAAGAAAAGGAACAGAAGUGGAUUUUCCACUGAUCCUGUCUGCUCUCAUCGAAAUCCAUAAGGAUAUAUGUUCUUGGGAGACGUAGACCGCUCAUUAGACAAGAGUGAAUCUUGAGGUCUGUUUGAAGAGGAGGAAAAGGGCUGCCAGGUUGCUCAGGCAUACUCAGCGAUCUCUCUGGAUUAAAUAUAGAAUUCACAGGGAGGAAAUACACUCAUUUCAUGAGACGGUCGAUUUGGAAGCAGGAAGAGGUCUCUGAGUUCCUAUUCUUUUAAUGCUUUCUCUUUCAACAUUUUUCCCCUCAAGUAUUGUUUUAUACUGGUCUGAAUGAAAAACGUCCCUCAGCUCUGAAGAAAUACUCGCCCCAGAUAUGAACCUUGCAGUUUAAAACUACCUCUAGUUUUUUAUAGCUUUUAUUCUUUAAUUAAAAAACCAAAAAACCCCAAAACAACAAAACAACAACAAAACUAAGCAACUAAAAGUAAAAACCCAGUCAAGAAGCAGGUAAUUCUUCAAAGCCAAAGCUGACAAACUUAUUACUGAGCCUAUUAAAGAAAGGAAAAUACCCUUUUGUGUGGAAACUCAGUUUUUCUAGGCUGUGUUGGGCUCAAUUUGGUUUUGCCACUAGCCAUGUCAAUGCUCUUUUAUAUAUUUCCAAGGAACAAGUCUGAAAUUAUGAACAGUCAAGUGGUACAGGGCAGUGUGCCUUCUGGGAGGCUCCAGUCUUCCCCAUGUUCCCAUGGGGUUUACCAGAUAGCUUGUGGAAAUUGAGGAUAUUGUAUAGGAGGCUUGGUUAUAAGUUUGAUCUUACUUCACUGUAAGGAUCUACUCAGUUACCAGUGUGCACUGAGCAUGGAUAGAUGGCCCCAAAAUCUAUAAAGGAAAGAAAUUCUUCUUCUUCUCAGUAAUAACUGCAGAACGUACAAUGAUCUUUGAAACCACUGUAUCUAUCUGAGGAAAGAAAGUCAAAGUGCUGCAGGAUCUGCUCCCCCUGUAGGUUUGUCUUGGUUUGCUGUUUGGUUUUUAGGGUGGAUACACUCAGCUGGGUUGCUGGGUGCUUCAGCAGAGCCAUUUUCCCCAAGGCAGGCAGAAUAAAGGAAAUGCAGGUAGCAAAAUGUUAUUCUUGCAAGACAAGGAUCUAGGUUGCCUAAAGAAACUGUGAUGUUCUGGAAGAUUUUCUCGGCUCUUCUAAGUUCUCAGAUGAUAUUAAAGGAUUGUCACAUUAUUUGUAAUGUAAUAAUCAGGAAGAAUUUGUCAUGCUACCACCCAUUCCUGAAAAACAAGUUUUAGAAUUCAGCCUUAAUGGGUUAAUUUCCCAACCAACUCUGACGGUGCUUCUUCGUGUAAUAUGACUUCCCUAUAAAAGAAGAUGCUGUGGCAGUGGGUUGAUUGGCCUAUAUAGGGCCUUGACUUGCAGAGUCAAGGAUCUCUGAUAGAAAAUAAUUCAGAAUUCUGGUAGAAGGAUCUGCAGGUGUCAUGAUGUCAGCCAGAGCCUGGAUUAAUUACUCGGUGCAGUUCUCCCCAGUUUGGUUUAUGAUAUGUAUAAGCAUCCUACAUUUGAGAAGAAACCACCUUUCUUCCUUUGCUCUUUUAAGUCUGCUCUCUUUAUGGAAUUAAUAAGAAUAACCUUCUGCACUUCUUCAGGAAAGGCCAAAGCAUUAGAAGAAAUACAUCUCUUUUUGGCUAGACAUUUUCCUUUGGGAAAAGACAGAAGAGUUAGUCUAGGUCAGAAACUCCUGGUGCUUUCUCAAAUCUCCUAACAGGGGUUUCUCUGCAUUGGAUGUAGCUGUGAGCGGAGCCCAUACCUCAGCUUGGCAAUUGGUCACAAUCCUACAGAACAUCAGCACUAAAGCAGACAGGAGCCAUGGGGAUGUUCCCACUGCCCUCUCCCUGGUACAUGUGACACACAAAGGUUUAUGGCAGGGCUCCAACACCCUUCCCAUGCAGGGGGUCAGGCUUGCUAUACCCAGCAGAGAGGUGAACUUCCCCAGAACUGAGCAGCCUGUAGCUGAAUGUUUUUAAGAAGAGAGAAGGUUUUUACACAUCCAGACAGGGACUAGAACAUCUCAACCCACUUGUCUCACAUUAGCUUUUGAUUUAUAGCUGUGAGAGUUGGUGGCCACCAGGCUGCAGGAGAAGGAGCUGGGCAGUUGAGGAUACCUAGUCUCUUCUUACAUGCCUACAUUUUAAUGGUCAGAUCUAGAGAUUGAUAGUGAAUUUGAGCAGCUGAUAUGUUGACCGAGAUUAAUGCAAAAUUAUUACAACUGGUUUUCAACCUUUUGUUGGAGAGUCAGUGAGUAAAUAACCUAAUCUAGCAAAAUCUGUCACCCACAUUAGGAACUGUGAACUAAUUAUUGCUUUCUGAUACUCUGCUCUUACUUGUUUUCCCUUUUUAACCUGAUUGUUUGCAUUCCUAGGACUGAUUUGCCUUUCUGAUGCAAUGCCAUGUGAUCUGCUGAUUAAUUUUUGUGAGCAAUCAUAAACUCCAACCUAUGGCUGACUCCAUAUAUUUUUAUGCUACGCUCCAUAAACAUUCAUUCAUUUAUUAUGAUUACUGUGUGGAAACAGACUUUUACAGGCUAAUAAACUUGGAUUUGAACUGGU